AUGAAGACGGUGGUAGCGACUACAGUGUUAUUACUGAUUCAGGGUGUGAUAGGACAGUCGUGCGGACUCACAGAAAUGACCUUGUCGACAGAUUGCAGCGACGCAUGCUCACAAUACGAACCGUGCUUGGCCUACGGCGCCUCCAUGUGCCCUUCCAAAGUUUUGUGUGUCACCAGCGACCAGUGUGCUAUUCAGUGCUUUUCAAAGACUUUGAACGAUCCAGAUACGUUCACGUUUUUAGUAAUGUUUGGAAUGUACGACAAGACAAUGGCAGAUAGCAGCUUGUCCUUGCUUGAAAAUGAGGUUAAUGUCAUCCCAGAUGAGACUGACACGUACGCGUCGAUCAGCAAUGACGCAGUCUCUACUAUCAGUACUAUUGCACUUCAGCCAACAGCAACCUCCUUCAUAGUGAUAGGAGGUACGAGUACCACCUCAUCGGUAAAGAGCAAGGUGGCCAAGGUGACUUUCGGCUCCGACGUCAUCUCCACACAGACUAGUGUAACGAAUGUGGUGCUGAAGAACGUGGAUCUAUCAACUUCCGCUACACUUCAGCAGCUGCCUGUCGUGCUCCCAGCUGCUCUGCAGAAUUUAAGCCUUGCUAACACAAUGCUUACAAGCUUUCCAACCGUAGUCGCAAAUUUCACCAGUCUCCAGAAGCUUGAUCUGGACAUGAACUACAUCACCGAAAUUGCCGCGACCACAGCUAUGAAUUCCCUCAUGCACAUUUCAUUUCGUAACAAUGAUCUCGACAGCUUUCGCGCUGUUUUUCCAAACCUUGUUUCGCUGGAUCUGACGGACAACAAAUUUGCGAGUAUUCCACUUAGCAUCUAUAUCCAUUACAGCCUGGAUAAGCUGACAAUGAAGGGAAAUCCUCUGGCUUCCCCGUGGUUCACACAGGAUCAGGCGGACUUUUUGAGCAAGCUCACGCUUUUUGAUCUGGAAAACUCAGACUUUGCAAAAUCAAUCAACAGCUGCAGCUCGGCUAACCAGCGCAAAGUUCAUGCGUUGACCGAAGCAUUGUGGGUGGCAUAUUGGUCCUUGCUAUCGUGGUGCUCGCUACAAUCUGGAUAUACAGGAACCAAGUCCGCCACUCGGAGCGCCACUCAAAAGGUGUUCGCGCGUCUUACUUUUUAUGGUGUAUCACCGCCUCUCUCUCGAUCAUCUGCCGACAAAGGUUACCGUGGAGGCCGUCGUACACCUGUAAGUGGAGGGCCACGGUUUUGUCCAAAUGACUACGAGGAUGAUGGCAGCAAUUUUUCACCCCGAAUCUCGACUCGUAGUACGUAUAGCAACAAGAGCGCAACUGCGUAUUCACUUUGGAACGAUGAAGAAUUGCUGUCAUUGCAGGUAAAGUAUGAUGAGAUUGAGGACAUUGGCACUAUCGGCAGCGGAGCGUGCGGUGUCAUUUGGCUUGUGAAGUACCGAGGAUCUCAGUUACUCGCCUCCAAGCGACUUCGAUCCGACCAGAUUACAAAGUGGCGUACGCAGGCGUUUAUUGAGGAGAUCAAGAUGGUAGCUCCAUUUGAUCAUCCGAAUGUUGUUCGUCUUAUUGGGUGCGCGUGGACAAUUGAGACGGAUUUGCAGGCGCUGUUUGAGUAUAUGGAAAAUGGUGAUCUUCGUGACUUUUUGCUUGAGCCGAGUUCGCCUCGUCAUUGGAGUCCAGAAUUGUUGCAGCUGGCGGUAGAUAUUAUCGAGGCGCUGGUGUAUAUACAUUCAUUCACGCCUCCACUGGUGCACCGUGAUCUAAAGUCUCGCAAUGUAAUGCUGUCAGGCGAGAUGAAAGCCAAGGUGACCGAUUUUGGUGCGUCAAGGUACAAAUCCGUUAACGAAACCAUGACUGCAGCUGUCGGUACGGGUCGUUGGUUGGCGCCAGAGGUGAUUUCAGGCAGUAGUAAGUACGACCAGUCCGUUGAUGUGUUCUCAUUUGGAGUUGUGCUGUCUGAAAUGGAUACGCACACGAUCCCGUACGACGACGUCCGGGACGCAAACGGCAAUCGUUUGAACGAUAUAGCUAUUCUACAGCUCGUGGCUAACGGUCAAUUGCGUCCUAAAUUUGGUGCAAGUUGUCCACCAGAGCUACGCAUGGUAGCUGAACGAUGUCUCAACCAGGAUCCUCAAAAGCGUCCGCCAGCGCAUGUUAUAGCAUACGAACUGCGUGUCAUUCAACGGUCACACUACACACUGCUGUAA